CAUGAGCGACGUGGUGGAGCGGACUCUGAGCGCCCUGCCCGGGCUGCUGGGGCAGCACGACCCCGGCACGGGCCCGGGCGGUGCCGGCGGCCCCGCCAGGGUGUCGGCCACCUCCCGGCUCGGCAGCCUCAUCCGGAGCAUCACGGCGCUCACCUCCAAGCACGAAGAAGAAAAAUUGAUCCAGCAGGAACUAACCAGUUUGAAAGCAACAGUUUCAGCCCCCACCACAACACUUAAACUGAUGAAAGAAUGUAUGGUGAGACUCAUCUACUGUGAAAUGCUGGGGUACGAGUCUUCCUUUGGAUAUAUCCAUGCAAUCAAGCUUGCACAGCAAGGAAAUCUUUUGGAGAAGAGAGUUGGCUACUUGGCAGUUUCUCUAUUUCUACAUGAAAAUCAUGAACUGCUGCUUCUACUUGUGAACACAGUUGUGAAGGACUUACAGAGCACUAAUCUAGUAGAGGUCUGCAUGGCAUUAACUGUUGUCAGCCAGAUCUUUCCACGGGAAAUGAUUCCAGCUGUUCUUCCCCUAAUAGAAGACAAGCUCCAGCACUCCAAGGAAAUUAUCCGAAGAAAAGCUGUUCAGGCUUUAUAUAAAUUCUAUCUCAUCGCUCCUAACCAAGUUCAGCACAUCCACGAUAAGUUCCGGAAAGCCUUAUGUGACAGGGAUGCUGGAGUCAUGGCUGCUUCUCUGCAUAUUUAUCUUCAAAUGAUUAAGGAAAACUCAUCUGGAUACAAGGACUUGACUGGGAGUUUUGUAACCAUCCUAAAGCAGGUAGUGGGAGGAAAGCUCUCUUCUGACUUCAACUAUCACAGUGUGCCAGCACCAUGGUUACAAAUUCAGCUUUUAAGAAUAUUGGGGCUGUUAGGAAAAGAUGAUCCAAGGACAAGUGAAUUGAUGUAUGAUGUUCUAGAUGAAUCUUUAAGAAGAGCAGAGAUAAAUCAUAACAUUACAUAUGCCAUCUUAUUUGAAUGUGUCCAAACAAUUUAUACAAUUUAUCCCAAAACUGAACUACUUGAAAAAGCUGCCAAGUGCAUUGGAAAAUUUGUUUUGUCACCCAAAAUUAAUUUGAAGUACUUAGGUUUAAAGGCUCUGACCUAUGUUAUCCAGCAGGAUCCUAAUCUGGCCCUUCAGCACCAGAUGACAAUAAUUGAAUGUCUGGACCAUCCAGAUCCCAUUAUUAAAAGGGAGACUUUAGAGCUUCUCUAUAGGAUUACAAAUGGACAGAAUGUCAUUGUCAUAGUUCAAAAGAUGCUUGACUACUUAAAAGAAAGUAAAGAAGAAUAUGCUAUCAUCAACCUAGUUGCCAAAGUAGCAGAACUAGCUGAGAAGUAUGCUCCUAACAACGAGUGGUUCAUCCAGACCAUGAAUGCUGUGUUUUCAGUUGGAGGUGAUGUGGUGCAUCCUGAUAUCCCAAACAACUUUCUGAGGCUGUUGGCUGAAGGAUUUGAUGAUGGAAAGGAGGAUCAUCAGCUACGGAUGUAUGCAGUGCAGUCUUAUUUAUCAUUACUUGGAGAGGAAGAUGCAUUGUAUCCACAGAAAUUCCUUCAAGUUAUGAGUUGGGUGUUGGGAGAAUAUUUCAGUCUUGUUACAGAUGUUGAUCCAGAAGUUAUUUUGACAAAACUCCACAGCCUGCUGAAGAAGACUUAUGUUACUUCUGAAACUAAAGCGUGGAUAAUGGCUGCAGUCACCAAGAUAGCAUCACAUACCUCCUGUUCAGAAACAGUUGACAAACUAAUCCAAGAAUUUAGCAGCUCUCUAGAUACCUGCAUAAGACAAUAUGCCUUUGAAUUGAAACAUCUCUGUGAAGACAAAGCACUGAUGAAAAAUUUGCUUCCAUUUGAUGCUAGUUGCAAUGAUAUGGUGGUAGAUGCUUCCUUAUCUUUUCUGGAUGGGUUUGUGGCCGAAGGACUUGGUCGUGGGGCAGCACCAUAUAAACCUCAUCACCAGAGGCAAGAGGAGAAACUUUCUCAGGAAAAAGCUCUGAAUUUUGAACCUUAUGGAUUGUCCUUUGCUUCAAGUGUGUCCUCAUCUGGUGUCACUGGCAGACAGUCCCCCACUGGUUUAUCUUUUGGUUCUGAUACAUCUGGUAAUAGUGCUGAGACAGGGCACAAAGAGACAAAUACUCUGAAACUUGAGGGAGUACGUAAGCUGUGGGGAAAAGAAGGUUAUCUUCCAAAGAAAGAAAAAGUAGGGAAAGAAAAUGAGCCACAAACAGUUUCUUGUGACAGCUUAUUAGCAGGACAGGCAGGUGACCCUCCUGUGUUGAGGUCUGAUCAAGGUGCCAACCUCACUGAGGAAGACAAAGAGAAGCAGCAGUUAGCAUCAACUUUGUUUGUUGGGCUGGGAUCAAGUGCUGGUGUCAGUCUGAUGGGGAAAGCAGACACAGCUACCCAGAAGUUCAAAAGGAAAUCAAAGAUAAACGAAACUCAACAUAGUGAGGAGGCAUCAGACUUCAAAAGUAGUGCUGCUUCAGAUUUUGGUCCCUUGCUUGAUACAGUACCUAUUAACACAGAAGACACUGAGGAAAGUACACACACAAGGUUAAGGAAAGCCUCCCUGUGCUCUUCAGAUAUUGUAGAAGAUAAUUUAGCAUUUGAAACACCUCAGUCCCUUAAAAAAUCUGUGCUGGAUGACAGACUUUCAGAUAAUAGGCUGUCACAGUCAUCUUUGUUUGCUGAUAGUAAUAUUGAAAUUUUUCAGCCUUCUCCAAGUGCUCAAUGUGAAAGUGCCAGUGAAACACCAUUGGUUCCUUCCUUACCAGAAGAACUUGAAGAGCUUCCUCACUCUGAGGUACUGGAACUUCAUCAGAGUGAUGCCUUAGCUCUGUAUUUAUGUAAGGCGUGGACAGAUGACUCUUUGUUGCUCACUGUCUUAGUUUCCAAUAAAACCACUUCUGCACUUAAUGCUGUGAACUUAGUGUUUGAAGAAACAGAACACUUUCAGAUUUUGGAGAGUCCCACCCACCAGUUUCCUGUAAUUGAAGCUCAAAGUUUGGAACAUUGCCAGAAAUGUGUGAGGAUGAACAAAAUCUGUACCCAGGGAAUUCUUUCUGGCUCUGUUAAUUACCAGUCAGAGAUGGAAACUCGCCUUGAAUUUUCAGUAACCUUAUCACUGAUGGACUUCAUCAGGCCAAUGGAAAUGACUACAGAAGACUUUGGAAAGCUGUGGUUGUCCCUUUCCAAUGAUGUGAAACAGAACAUAAAAAUGUCGUCUUCCCAAGAUUCCCUUUCAACAGCCUUGAACACACUGCAACAGAAGCUGAAACUCCAUAUAGUUGACAUUAUAGGCAAUGAGGGAAUACUGGCAUGCCAGCUGCUUCCAUCUGUGCCCUGCCUGCUGCACUGCCGUACUCACUCAGGGAUGUUGGCUGUGUGGUUCAGGUCACCUUGUGCUGCUCUUCCAGAUGGUUUGCUCUAUCAGUGUCAAAAGGUGAUGGGGGAAUCCUAAUAACAAUAGUGCCUGCCUUAAUCUGUUUGGUGUGUGAAAAGAUUUAUACAGUUGCACAGAUAAUUACCAAAGCUAAAUUAAGAUACUGCUUCUUGAAGUAUUAGAAGUUUUCUUCCAGCUGGCAUGUGUCAUGUGGACUUGUGGGGAAAGAACAAUGACCUAAAUUACGCCUGCAAAAACAUGCUCAGGACUGUACAGUACAUUAAAGUAUUGUAACCUGUUUCAGUGAAAUGUAUAUUUCUUAAUUUUGUUGUAAAUGACUGAAAGUAUUUAUUUUUAUUAUGCAGCUUUUAUAGAUGCCAAUGAUUACUUCUCAUGGCAACUACUUAAAUAUGAUUUUAAAGAAAAACAUAUUUCCAUUAUAGGGUCAGACUUGAUCAGUUAUCAGGAUCAUCUAAUUUUAUUUUGGUAAUUUUUCUAAAGCUAUUUUUAAGCACUGUUGGCAACAAGACCCAUACUGGUGGUUGUAUAAAGUAACUUAUGUAGCAACAAAUACACAGUUUUAAAAUAGUUAAAAGAUUCUAGGGAACAAAACACUUCCCAUGAUCUUUGAUAUUUACCAUGGAAGUGGUAACAUCUAAACAGUUUUUGAUAGGAGAUCACAUGGAAGCACCUCCUGGGGGAUGAUCUAAGGCCCCUCAGGUUAGUUCCUGUCUGCAGUUCUUCCUGCCUCAUGUUUCAGUCUUGUUCCCUUUCCAUAGGGGUCUGUGACAGUCACUGAAUAUUUGUGCAUCUCUAAAGCAAAGUUUGAUGUGGAUCAAGUCUGAGGUGACUGAGCUGGGGAUAGUUGGCUGUGGACAUGUUGACCUUGGUUAUUGGGUAGUGAAACAUGUUCAUUGCUGUCCAGUCCAUCCUAUAAACUUAAUCUGGCCAAUAUCUCUGUCCAUGAAAAUUCACAUGGGGAAAACUUUCAUUUAUUUUUUCUUCUAAUUAUUUAUAGGCUCAGUAUGACUCCUCAAACCUCUGACUUGCACAGAUGUUGUGUGUGCACUGCUAGGAACUGCAGCAAGGCAUGAGAGAUUAAAUCAGAGCAGUAUACAUGGAAACUGUGUCUGAGGAGGUUGUUUUCUCUUCCUGAAAUAACCUCAGAGUCUUGAAAAUCCAGCAAUCUUAAUUUAUUUAAAUGCUAAAUGAAAACUAGUACUGCUUAGUAUUAUUUAUAGCUGGUCAUGUUUUCUAUUAAAAACAUCAAAGGUUGUACACACGGUUCAGACAUGGUAUAAAUGGAUUCCACAAUGGAAUUCUCUCCUUUGUGUGUUUAAUAGUAACAAGGAAACUCUCUGUUAUAUUUCAGCAUUACCGAUUCUCACCUGAUAAGCACUGGUUGUAAAGAAAAAUAAAGUAUUGUUACUUUGAUGUUUUGGUAAAUGUUGAUGAAAUUGUCGUAAGAAUGUUAAUGUGCUGAUAGUUUGGGUUUUUUUUUAAGUCAUGCUACUUGUGUUAUCACAAGUAUAAUCAUAUAAGCAAAGCUGUUUUUAUUGCUGUUUCAGUACCCUCUUACUGAGGAAUUUAAAGUGCACUGAACCUGUAAAUAUAUUUAAUGUUCUGCAUACUUUAAUGUUUACUUGGCACUUGAAGACAGUUUAUAUAAAAGAAAACUGAUUUAUAGUGGAAUAAUUUCCAGCAAACUAUUUCCCUGCUGGUAAAUUGUGUUAUGCAAUUGGACUUCUGUAAUCAUAGGAACUAUAAUACAAGUAUCUGUUUGUGGCCUAUGCAUUCAAACCAUUUCAGCAAUGAGAUGUUACUGUCCUAGUGUUUAAAAAGAACAGCAAAAGACAGCAAUGCCUUCUGUUGUACAUGUAAUGUUCUUUGUAACCUUUUUCACUGUAUGAAUAGUGUAUGUCAAAGUGUCAAUAUUCUAAUUGCUUUAUGGUAUUAACACCACUUAAAGGAGUUUGCAGGGAAUUGUACCUGUGUUGGUCUUUAUUUUUGGAUUGCCCAGCAAAUGUUGUUCUGAAUCUAUCACCAUCUUUGCAUUUCUUGCAGUUUAAUUAAAUUCAGUUUUAUU